AUGGGCGGGCCGCUGGGGCCUGGCCCGGCGGGAGGCGCGCUUGGUGGCGAGGACGAAGACGAUGAGGACCAGGGUCCGGUCGAUUGGUAUGCUGGUGGAGAGAGGAGUGGGAUCUCGGUGCAGAACCCGGACAGGGCUGGAGGUGGAAUCCCAGGUGGAGACGCCGUGCGGAAUAUUCUGAGGAGGGCUUUUGACAUUGGCAUGGGCGGUGCAGGACCUUCGCGGCCCACUACUUUCGUCGGCGGAGGCCACACUCUGGGAAGCGACGAGAUCGAGAGCCAGUACAUCCCCGACCCCGACGCGCCUCCCCAGGACGUGACCGAGACGGCAAUCCGCCACCUCACCUUCUGGCGAGACGGGUUCAGCGUCGAAGACGGCGAGCUCCGCCGCUACGACAACCCCGAGGAAGCGCGUCUCCUCGCCCAGAUCGAAGCUGGCCUCGCCCCGCCGCAUGUCCUGAACGUCCUCCCCGGCCAGCCCGUCGAGCUCCGCGUCGCGCGGCGCAUCAACGAAGACUACCAGCCGCCGCCCAAGCGCCCCGGUGUCCCCUUCACAGGUUCGGGCCACCGGCUCGGCUCGCCCAUCCCGUCGCUCGUGCCCCUCGCGGAAGGAUCGUCCACGUCGAAUAUGCCUGGGGGCUUCCCAGCCGCUAGUGGAAGCACUGCGGCGAGUGGGAGUGCCGCUGCGGGCCCGGACCGCGAGCCGCAGAGUAUACAGACGCGAUUUGAGGUCGACCAGACUAAGCCGACGACGAGUGUGCUGAUUCGGUUGGCGGAUGGGACUAGGCUUGUGGCGAGGAUGAACUUGACGCACACGGUCAAGGACAUCAGGAACUUCAUCAACGCAUCCCGGCCGGAGAAUAACGCGCGUCCGUACACGAUCGGCACGACGUUCCCGAAUCGCGUGCUAGAUGAUGACUCCCAGACCCUAGAGCAGGCGGGUCUAGUCAAUAGCGUCGUGGUUCAGCGUUGGGUAUAG